UCUACAGCAUAACUUGAUUAACUUCUGUAUUGCCUCUCUCUCUUUCUCUCUCUCUCUCUCUCUCUCUCUCUCUCUGGCAAUUGCGCGCAGGUCACCGAUCUCCGUUAACGAACAGAGGCAAAGAUGCUGGCGGAGGAUCUCGGUGUGGAAGCGAAGGAGGCGGCGGUUCGGGAGGUGGCAAAGCUGCUACCUCUUCCGGAGCUUCUGCAGUCAAUCUCUUCCAUCAAGGCCGAUUACAUUUCGCGCCAACAGGCAAAUGAUGCGCAACUUAGUACAAUGGUUGGAGAGCAGGUUGAGGAGGCCCAGGAUGGAUUGAAAUCACUCUCCCUUUCUGAGCAGAGCAUAAAUCAGCUUCGUGAAAACUUUGUCUCUAUUGAGAACAUGACCAGAUAAAGCUACUUAGCAAUGCACGAAAUAACUUAAACACAACCUUGAAGGAUGUUGAAGGUAUGAUGUCCAUCUCUGAUGAGGCAGCGGAAGCUCGAGAUUCUUUGAGUGAUGACAAAGAAAUUGUCAACACUUAUGAGAGGUUAACAGCUUUGGAUGGAAAGCGGAGGUUUGCAUUAGCAGCUGCAGGAUCUCACAAGGAAGAGGUUGGGAGACUAAGAGAAUAUUUUGAAGAUGUAGAUAGAACCUGGGAAACCUUUGAGAAGACACUAUGGGGUCACAUAUCCAAUUUCUAUAAACUUUCUAAAGAAAGCCCACAGACGUUGGUUCGUGCUUUACGGGUUGUUGAAAUGCAAGAAAUCUACGAUCAACAGGUUGCAGAGGAAGCAGCUGAGGCUGAAGGGGAUGGUGCAAUGGCAUCGGUUGCAAAUCCUCGUAGGGGUGCUAUGACAUCUACAACUUUGAAAAAAUCAGCACGACAAAGAUUGAAGGUUCAAGGUAAAGGUUAUAAGGAUAAGUGCUAUGAGCAAAUAAGGAAGACUGUGGAACAACGCUUUAACAAGCUUCUCACUAUGGUAGGUCUUACUGAUCUACGUUCCCACUGCUCUUGUAUUGCUGAUGAACUUGGAGAUGUCUAUGACUAUGUAGCCCCUUGCUUUCCUCCAAGAUACGAAAUUUUCCAGCUAAUGGUAAAUCUGUACACCGAGAGAUUUAUUCAGAUGCUAAGGUUGUUUAGUGACAGGGCAACUGAAUUGACAAACAUUGAGAUAUUAAAGGUAACUGGUUGGGUUGUUGAAUACCAAGAUAAUCUCAUUGGGCUUGGUGUUGAUGAGACUCUUGCCCAAGUGUGCUCUGAGAGUGGUGCCAUGGAUCCUCUUAUGAAUUCCUAUGUUGAAAGAAUGCAAGCUACAACAAGGAAAUGGUACUUGAAUAUUUUGGAGGCUGAUAAAACACAACCCCCAAAGAAAACAGAAGAUGGAAAACUAUAUACCCCUGCUGCUGUUGAUUUAUUCAGGAUACUUGGGGAGCAAGUACAAAUUGUUAGGGAUAACAGCACUGAUAUCAUGUUGUACAGAAUUGCCUUGGCAACUAUUCAGGUGAUGAUUGAUUUUCAAGCAGCUGAAAAGAAGAGACUCGAAGAACCUGCUUCUGAAAUUGGUUUGGAACCUCUCUGUGCUAUGAUUAACAACAAUUUGCGCUGCUAUGAUCUAGCAAUGGAGCUAAGUAAUAGUACCAUAGAAGCCCUUCCACAGAACUACGCUGAGCAGGUUAAUUUUGAAGAUACUUGUAAGGGUUUUCUCGAGGUUGCCAAGGAAGCUGUGCAUCAAACGGUUAAUGUAAUAUUUGAAGAUCCUGGUGUCCAGGAGUUACUGGUCAAGCUAUACCAUAGAGAAUGGAGUGAGGGGCAGGUUACAGAGUACCUGGUUGCAACAUUUGGCGAUUAUUUUACUGACGUAAAAUUGUACAUUGAAGAUAGAUCUUUUCGGAGAUUUGUUGAAGCCUGCCUGGAGGAAACAGUGGUUGUUUAUGUUGAUCAUCUUUUAACACAGAAAAACUACAUUAAGGAAGAAACUAUUGAACGAAUGAGGCUAGAUGAGGAGGUUAUCCUGGACUUUUUUAGGGAACAUAUCAGUGCAUCUAAAAUUGAAAAUAGAUUGAGUAUACUCAGUGAUUUGAGGGAACUUGCUUCAGCCGAGAGCCUGGAUACGUUCACACUCAUCUAUAAUAAUAUACUCGAGCAUCAACCUGACUGUCCGCCUGAAGUUGUUGAGAAACUUGUAGCCCUUAGAGAAGGCAUUCCUCGGAAAGAUGCUAAGGAGGUGGUACAAGAAUGCAAAGAGAUAUAUGAAAAUUCUCUUAUUGAUGGAAGACCUCCAAAGGCGGGUUUUGUUUUCCCACGGGUGAAGUGCUUAACACAAUCUAGGGGAGGCAUUUGGCGUAAACUCACUUGAAGUGCAGUUCCAUCCACUUGUUUACGUAGUUUUUUUUUUCUUUUAAAAUGUGUUUUUUACCAUUUUCCAUUUCACUUGUAUAUGUGGUGUUGACAUUUUCGCUUCGAAUCCAGACAGUGUAGAAGUUAGGAAAGUAAAAAAGGUGAAGGUCUAAUCACUUUUAUAUCAAAAUAAUGAGACUUAUACAUGAUAUAAAAGUUACUGAUAUGACAUUUUCCGUGGUCUUA